AAAACACUGUCCAACAAGUUUCUAAGUUAAAUUAAGAAAUUUUGAAAAAGUUCAGGUACCGAGCGAAAGUUCUCUCGGAGCAGUAAUGGCGCAGAAAUUCCGCUCCCCACAUAACUUCUAAUUUUGUAGAAGCGCAACACAGGUCGCCAAUCUUUUCCGAAGCAGUCUACGAUAAUAUCUGCUACACUGUUUUAUCAUGAAUGCCAGCAAUGUGUGCGAUGGCAGGAGUGCCAACUUUGCUGAAAAGAAAGAAAACAGUGGUACUGGAAAUGCCGACAAAACGUCCAAUACUGCAGAAAAUAGCUGCUCGCUAGGCAUGGUGACCAGGGCAGCAGGCGGCGGCUUCAUAAUUGGAGCGGCAGCAGGCUUAACCUUGGAGCUACACUCAGGAUUCCUAACUUCUUGGAAGGCAUUUCCAAACUCUAUGGUGAGGGGUGCAGUAGCAUUUGGAUCUGCACUUGGCAUCUAUGAAGCCACUAAAUGCAAGCUGCUGCAAACUAGGGUUAUGGAUGAUUUGUCAAGUUCAAGUAUAGCUGGUAGCCUUGGUACUGGUGUAGGGGGCACUUUAUUUGGUGCCUUUCCAUGGACAAGACCAAAUUCUAUGAAGAUGUAUCAAGAGAGAUUCCAAGAAUUUCGAAAGGAGAUACCCAAGAAUUUUGUUAAAUACGCAGCCAUUGGUGGAGUUUACUUUGCUCUGGAAUCCAUAGUUAUAUCUAAAUAUUUUCCCGAUAAACAAGAUCCUCCUGAGCAGCAGCUGUCUUUUCCCCCAUCCAAAGGAAUUUGACGAGUCGCAAAAAGGAAGGGAUGUGUGGACCUUAAUGCGGUACUGUUGAGGCUUGUAGUACUCAAUUAGAGUACAGGACUACCAGAAUCGUGCUUUUAGACGUUUGAGUUGACGGGAAGUCCCUUUUUUGAAUUGCUUGAACAUUCCGAUCUGUGAAAUUUCUAAGGUGUUCAUCCAAAAGAUAUACUUUCUGGUAUAAAAGAUUAAGUACGUACGGCUGAUUGAAAUGUUGUUAAUAUCAAAUGCAGUUUUUCACUUAGUCUGAAAUGGCAAUGACGAUCUGGCAAAAAACUAUAAAUAAAUUUCAAUUUGUAUCGUGCA